UUAUAAAUAGACACACGCAUAGUCCGUAUUAUAUUCGUUUAAAUUUUUGGAAAGGAAACAUUAUCUGAUUAUUACAAGUGUCGAUCGGUAUUCUUCCAUAAAAUCAAUGGAUAUUUCAGCUAGGUCGAGGUUUUAACGUGUCUGUAUAUACUUUGAGUAUUACUUGGAUUAUUUCACGAUUUCCCGCAUGCGCAUGCGCAAAAGUGAUAAUUUUAAGCGCGAAACCGGCAAUGUAAAAAACGUAUAUAGAUAGACCGCAAGACCAUCAUCGUCGGAUUUGGAUUCAUAAAGCAACCCCUUAAGAACCGCUUUUAGAAAUAUUUCAUGUAAGAUGGGUGUUGAAUUACAAAAUAAUUUCGUUGAUGGAUUUUAUUGUUGGGAUAAUAACUCGAAUUCUAAAUGUCAAACAAAUGAGAGUGGAAACGGCUAUAGUACAUUAAUCAGUAAAAACAAAAUUGUAAAACAGUGCUUGAAGACAAAGGUCAUUGGAAGUUUAAAAAGUCGUGGGCUUGACCAUGUUGCCGCAGAUUUUAGCCCCAAGCAAAAUUAUCCGAUGACGAAAGAAGAAAUCGAGAAAGAUAGAAGAAGGAGACAAAGUAACAGGGACUCGGCCAGGAAAUGUAGGGAGAAACAGAAAGCUGAGGACAAUGAAAAUAUGAAGCUUUUAUCGCUGCUGAAAAUGCAAAAAGAGAAACUUUUAGAAGUUGUCAGCAAAUCCGAAGAGGAAAAGAAUAGAUUAUUGUAUAACCUAAAAUUAGUGUUACCAGACUCCUAUAUCACGGAAGCUUUAAGAAAAGUAGAGAAUGUGACAGCUGAAAAAGAUCGCAUAUUAGCUGAUCAAUCUUCUAACUGUGCGGUGACAGUUCCAAUAGAUAGCCCUAAUUUUUCUGAAUGCUUCGUCUUGGAAGAAAACAGUUCUAUUGAAAGUUUUGUAUUGACUUCCUUUGAUAAUUCCACGGGUGAAGAAGAAAUCAUGGACGGUUCUGUUGAAUAUUUAGAAGUUACUAACGAAGAGACGGUACCAGUCAUUGAUAUAAAUUAUGAUGAAAAUUCAACAGUAAAUACAAUUAUAUUUGAAGACCCAGGCGUCAGUCAUACAUUGCUGUGAUUGGUAAAUGUAUCAUAUCAAUUCUGGAGAGAGAAAAUCCAACUUCUUUUGAAACAUUUUCUGGCAUUAUGACUGUAUCUUAGUUAAAACACAAAUGUAUUUAUUUUAGCUCGAAACAAUUUCUUGCAACUUAUAUUAAUCACUUUCGUGCCCGCUUCCUAGAUUUAUGAAAAAUUAUGAUCGUGUCCCGAGAAGGGCUCUAACACACGAUCCCUUGGUUGAGAGACUGACACCUGAACCACUAUGCCAUUUGACCAGAUUGUUAAAACAUGAAUUAACAGAAACAACACUUAUAACGUGAAAUCAUAAUAAAAUAAUGCGUUUGUUAUAUUGUAUAAAGCUAUAUAUCUGCUGCAAAAAUAUUAAAUUGCCUUUUAAAAACGCAAAUGGCUUAGCUCGAAAUCAUUGCUAAACGGAUAAAGCCCUACAUUAACAAAAAUGAUGAAAAUCUUUGGAAUUACCCAAAAUCUAGUUUUUCCAUGUUAACAUGUGGUCUUUCACCUAAUUUUGGUGAAAAAUUGUUGUUUUGUAACAUAUUUAAUAUUUUUAGCUGAAUAAUAUUUUGUUCCAGGACACUUUAUUCUGUUUGCGAACAAUAUCCAUAUGUAAUAAACAAUAGAAUUUUUUGUAUGUUGCCACUGUUUCCAAAAUCGACCAAUACAUUUUGGAACCAAUACAAUUUUACUGCAAUACUUAAUAAGAUAUAUAGCUACUCGUUGUUAAAUAAUAUAUCUGCAGUCUAUAUUUCAUCAUGAUUAAGGAAUUAUACUACAAAAUUAACAAUAAAUGAAUAAUGGUUUUAUUUUGUUUUAUUAAAUGAAAUAAUAAGUUGUUAUAUACGUAUAUAA